UAACUUUUUAGAGCAAAUUGGGUCCAAUUCAUUUCUAAUAUGGUAAUAUCAUACAAGAGUGUAUCCAAUAUUAAUAUUGUGCCAUUUGUAGAUGUCCAAUUUUAGAGACUGUGUUGUAAUUAACUCAUAUAUAUAUAUAAAAUAUUCUUCAUAUGAUUUGAGCAAUUCUCCCAUAAAUUAACUUUUGAAGUUGUCCCUUUGAUGCCAAUUCAUAGAAGCAAUGGAACCAAAGGCAAUCCAAGAAGUGGAACUAAACUCAGGCCACAAGAUGCCUACAUUGGGUUUUGGCACAGGAACUGUGCCCUUACCACCCCAUCAUGUGCUCAUCCCUGCAUUCAUUGAAGCCAUCAAAUCUGGCUACAGGCAUUUUGACACUGCUGCUUAUUAUGGUUCCGAGGAACCUCUUGGCCAAGCAAUUGCACUAGCACUAGACCAAGGUCUUAUUAAAAGUCGUAAUGAGCUUUUUGUCACCACCAAAUUAUGGUGCACUGAUGCUCAUCCUGGCCUUGUGCUCCCAGCACUCGAGAGUUCAUUACAGAGGUUGGGCCUUGAGUAUGUGGAUCUUUACCUAAUUCAUUUUCCAGUGAGGCUAAGGCAGGGAGUUAAAGGGACCAAGUACAGCAAAGGAGAGAUUCUUCCUUUGGACAUGAAAGGGACAUGGGAAGACAUGGAACGAUGCUCCAAGUUGGGCUUGGCCAAGUCCAUUGGUGUGAGUAAUUUUGGGGUGAAAAAGCUUUCAGAAAUUCUACAAAAUGCACGUGUUCCUCCUGCUCUUGUCCAGGUGGAAAUGAACGCAGCAUGGCAACAGGAAAAUCUGAGAAAAUUCUGCAAAGAGAAAGGAAUUCACGUGAGUGCAUGGAGCCCUCUGGGAGCUAAUGGAGCUGUGUGGGGUUCCCUUGCUGUUAUGGACAGUCCAAUUCUAAAGGACAUUGCAAUCAAAACGGGCAAGACUGUGGCACAGGUUGCAUUGAGAUGGAUAAUAGAGCAAGGUGCUACUCCAAUAGUGAAGAGCUUCAACAGUGAGAGAAUGAAGGAAAAUCUUAAACUAUUUGACUGGGAGCUAAGUGAGACUGAUUCGGAGAAGAUUAAACAAAUACCACAACAUAGGGGUUUCAGUGGUGAGCGUUUUGUCAAUGAAUUUGGACCUUACAAAACUCCACAAGAUUUUUGGGAUUGAGUGGACUUGAAUUUCAGUACAAUACUGUUUAUGCUCCUGCUCCUCAUCCACAAAUUAAAGGGCAAAACUAUGUGUAUCGGCUCUUUUAAGAUGUUUACUUUUAGAAAACAGGGUUUCAAAUAAGAGUUUAAUCUCCAUAUAUUUUCCGAAUAAAGUCCGAUUAUUUAUACCUUU